AUGUCCAACUCUCUUCGUCAUGCCAAGAUUACUCCCCACCGGUCCGCUGCUCGCGGACACGCAGAUCACGGCUGGCUGAACACUUACCACUCCUUCAGCUUCUCGAGUUGGUACAAUUCCAAGUUCACCCAGUUCGGCUCGCUCCGGGUGCUCAACGAGGAUCGGGUGAAGGGCAACUCAGGCUUCCCCGAACAUCCGCACAGCGACUUCGAGAUCUUCAGCUACAUCCUCUCCGGCGAGCUCACGCACACCGACUCGACACACAAAGAGAGCGACACCACCGAGUCGGAACUGUACCGCAAGAUCACGCGGGGCGACAUCCAAUUCACGACAGCCGGCACGGGGGUCACCCACGCGGAGUACAACUACGCCCAGGACCCUGUUCACUUCCUGCAAAUUUGGGCUAUCCCCUGGAAGCGCGGGCUUACACCACGGUACGCUUCUGGCCGGUACAGCGAUGAGGACAAACGAAAGGGUUUCGUCAACCUCCUGAGCCCGCUCAAGGCCGGAGUCGACGCGACGGCGGCGGAAGAAAAAGCUGGGGAGCCAACUAUACCCGGCACAAUACCCAUCCACGCCGACUUCGUGAUGGGCGCGGGCCUGAUCGAGCCCAGCGGCAAGUUCGAAUGGACUGUCGGCGCGCAGGCAACCGAGGCGACCAAGAGGAAGGUCUACGUACACCUUCCCAUGACGAAGGGCGGUAAAGCGAAGAUUAGGCUAGAUGGGCGGGAAGAUGAUGUAUUGGUAGAAGGGGACGGCGCGUUUGUUGAAGGCGUCAAUGCGGGUGAUAAACUGAUUGUGGAGAGCGUGGGCGACGCAGAGGCGGAAGUUGUGGUUCUCGAUACAGCAUAA